UUAACAGUUUUGACAAUUUUGACAGCAAACAAUUUGACAGAGAAUAGUCGGCGUACUUGGCUUGUGAUAUUUUCAAAACGAUUUUCUCGCUUUUAUUCAAAUAGUAAUCGAAAAGAAGUUAAUUAAAUCUACUUAUAAAUUAGUCAGUUGAUAUAAAAAUAUCAAAAUGAGUUUCGGUCUGCCUCCGUUGAAAGUAAAGCCUGAACAUGUCAGUAACAUCGAGCCGCAGGAGGGCCCAUUUGGGGUGCCCAACCCUCUGGUGGCCGGUAUGGCUGCUACGAAGUCCAAACUUGGCAUGUCACACCCGAUAGAAAUUUCCGAGAGAAAUUAUCACUUAAAUCAGGAAAAGAUGAACAUGGCUAUGCUCCGUAACAUCCAGGGUCUGCAUGCGCCACUCAAACUCACCAUGGAAAUGAAGUUCACCAACAAAGUUGGUCACCUUCCUUUCCUUCAAAGGUCAAACUUCCAGCAUGAUGUGUUGACUGGAAAGCACUUGGAUAUUGGAUUCGAAGAUAUUCUGAACACUCCAGAGAUGUGUGAAGUCGCUGGUCAGCCUCAUGCUGUAGUGGAGCGAUCUCUCGGAAUACUGUGAGCUAGUUAUUUUAGGUUUCUCUGUAUUGUACUGCUGAUUUUUAAUAAAAACUUAUACUAAUA